CUUUAGAGUGAGUCAACGUGCCCUUACACCAGCAGACAGCUCAUCUGAUCCCUCACCUUGCUUGCCGCAAGACACGGGCUGCGUUUGUCAGGGAAGCUCAGCUCCCUUUUAGCUCCCUCAAGGCUGCACCAACAGAGGUGUACGGGCAGCUGCACACUCCACCACAAGGCCAGGCUUGGCAGCCUUGGUCCAGAAGCUUUGUGAGCACAGCACUGUGCUUGAUGCACAGGGGCUCAGCAUCGCUUCUUUCCCUGGGUGCCUAAACGGCAGCUGAACUCUUCUAACAAUCUGACCCAGUCCCCCUUUUAAAACAGAAGGUAAUGAAGGGUGCAUCAUGUUCAGCGUGCUGACCUCCAGCUCUGGGGAUGGUCCGAGCGGCCACCGGAGCAAUUUAUUUCACUGUUUUCCUAAAGUAUUUUAAUGUACCCGAUUUCAAAGUAAAUAAAUUGUCUUCACCACAAGCUGCAGUCCUCCUCCUGGCCAUUUUCACACUUAUUCAUAUAUUGCAUGGCUUGAAAACCCACCCAGGUCCCAGAACAGCAUUAAACUUGUAAGGCCUGACGCUGAGAUGGACAGCAUACCUGCAAGUCUUGUCCUUGUCCAUGGGGAUUUGGCUUUAAAUCUUCCCAAUUCAAUAUCUUAAACAGCUCAGACUUCUGCAAUUAUGUUGAUGCACUUUUCUGUGUCAAAGGAUGACGCUGCAAUCCUGCAAAGUUAAUCUGCUUGGGGUUUUGUUGGAUAUGGUGUUUUUAAAAAUAGAUUAUGAAGCAAGCAAUAUAAGAGACAGGUUUUACAACUUGUUUUAAAUAGAAGUAAGCUUACUCCUCCUUUCACCCAGGUUUUCCUUCAGGCUUUUUUUAUUGCUUGAUGAUAAAAUCUGCGAAAAUAAGAACUGUUUAUGUCUUUGCCUGCUUGAAGUUUCAAGUGCAAGUGUCUAAGCGCAUGCUGUUUAAAAUCUCCUGUUUGUUUUGUACGGCUGAGUACUGCAGACAGAGCUGUCUCACUUCAAACCCAAUUGACAGGUUUGUCUGACCUCAGGAUUUUAUGUAUGGCACAAACUGGGCACCUUCCUAACAGUCUUAGAGACUGUGGAAAAGGAAGGCUAGGCUGAGCCUUUGAACUUUUGGCAACUGAACUCAGAGCUACGGAGUUCAGGUGAAGUUUGGGACAGAUCAGCUGGGCAAAGGGUGAAAACACGUUAACUACUGCCCAUUCUGCAGUGUCCCUGCGUUAGACCUCGUUCUGUCUGUCCUGUAUCUAUCCUUACUACCACGUUCAUACACAAUAAACACAAAUCUGCAUGUUGUGCUUCAGCCCUCCUACCUGUAGUUCAGCAACGCUGAACCGGGUUAGUAUUUGGACAGGAGACCUUCCAGGAGAGUUUAUUUGCUGUAGGAAAUAGUGUUCGCUUACUGAGUAAUAUUUUUCCAGUACUGAAGUCAGUCGUGAGUCUUCUGGCUCUGGGACCAUGAGCUGUAGGAAUUCUGGCUUUGAAUGGAAUAAAAGCAAGUUCUUCAGCGUUUUUGGUCAUGAUGGAGUUUUUGGCAGUUGACUGCAGAGUAGGAGAGUAUCCUGGCCGAAUUCCAACCUGGGUGAUUACAUUCAGCUGACUGAAAAUGAGCAGCGAUUGCUGCAUUUCACUGUUGGGCAAAGUCAUUUCCAAGCUUGGGCUUAAAUUUGUAAAGUGGCUUAGGGUAAAGCAGAACGAAAAGGACUUACAGAAAUGUCCCUUUAACCCUCGUAGGUUAUUCCUGAAGGCCUUGCAAGGCUUUUCAGUUUGCUGUCACAUUCCUCUAAAUGCUAGGCAUCCAGCUGCUGGGCCAUUGCUUGGAAUGGCUGUGCCCCAUCACAGGAUGGUCGUUAGAACAGUGCUGCUUUCCAUAAUGCACGUACAUAUUCCCACACAUCAAACAAGGAAAUAAAACAGAACGGGAGAAAGAUAAUAAAAGAACAUUCAAAGUUUCCUUUCAUAGAGAUUCAAAUGCGGUGACAGUGCUGUUCGGGCUGAUCUGUGGUUGGUGUUUUGUUUUCCAAAAGGCUGAGUGAUCCUUUCAUUCCAAAAGGUAGAGAAACUCUGGUGUAAGAUGUAGAAGGCAGCGUGGAAGUGUGUUUCCUGUUAUAUAUGUAGCCCAAUGUAUAACAUUGUUCUUUUUCUCUCCCUGACUUUCCCUACUUUAUUUUGUACCCAGAUUUUCUUGCUCCUGUCUGAAAUGUGCCUUAUAACUUUACAAGUUUGCAGAAGACCACUGUGUUUCACUGGGAUAGGAAUAUUGCAUCUGCUUCGUAGCAGGAGGAUGUUAUAUGUAUUACAGCUUAAUUCUGUUCUACUUUAAACCUAGAUAAAGAAUGAAGACUGUCUGUACCAUUUUGAUUACCUCUUCUAGGGUUCAAAGAGAGAACCAUUUCCCCUGACCUUCAUUUGCUAAUGGCUCAGCUUGAUCUAACCGGUAUACAGAUAAACUUGCUGUUAAACAAAAAUUCCGGUAGGAAGAACCACCUCAAUGUCCAAAAUUCCUUUGCCCCUGCUGGUACUGGUGGCUCUCUGUAACCAUCCAAAAGCUGAACUACGCAGAGUCCCGAGAGCUGUUCACGAGAAGCUUGUGUCUGAAUGAACAAUGCUGCCAUCAUCUUGAGAGAUGAGACGAAGGACCAUUCACAAUGACAGCUCUGCAAGUUCCAAACAUGAGAGUCGUGCAUACGGAGUUUCAUGCUUUGUCUCCAGAGUGAUCUUCGUUCUUGUUAAGCUAAUUCCACCUCUUGUCACAAGUUUUGCUUUUGGGAUUUAGACCAUCAUUAAGCCACGGAACUCCUGUGUAAAUCACUUUUUUUCUUUUUUCCUUUCCCCCCCCUCUCUGUUUUACACAAAGACUGUUAACAUGACUGUUAGUGGAAUAAGCAAAGCCAAUAUUCACAGGGUUUAACUCUCUACCAAUAGCACCUUUUGCCCCAGAAUGCCUUACAAACACCAUCGAGCACGCACGUCCCAGAGUACGACUUGUCAUGCCGUUUCUGUUCCCUUAGGCACCACCUUAGUUUCCCAAGCUGACGCUUAGGGACAUUUCAGCUCAUAGCAUCUCAUACCAUAAGUCAGACGCCACCCAGAGGUGCCUUUCAGGUCUGAGAGCUUUCUCCGUGUGAAUGUAUUCCGAGCUAAAGAGACCAUGUGUGCAUCCUGCGGGUUGAUGCCGUCCACCUAACGGGAGCAUCCUGACGUGACGGAGGGCAUGGCAGCGGGAGGGCAUGCUGGCACUCCUCCUGUCCGACUGUGGGUGCGACGAGUAGGUGUUUACUGCGAUGAGCACCGCAAAACGUGGCUUGUGGCUGCGGAAGAGGAGGAAGGUAUGCUGAGGGCUCGGAUCCAAAGAGUUCAGGUUCCCCUGGGUGAGGCGCUGCGACCCAGCCAGCUCCCCCCAUCCCGGCUGCCUCAUAUGUGGCAGCUGUCCCAGGGUGAGCAGUACAGGGAUAGUAACUCUCGCGUUUGGGAGAUAGAGCACCAUCUCAUGCUUGGUGGUGUUGAAGAACUGCUGCUUAAACUCGUGCCUGGUGAUUAAUCUGGUAUGUGUAGACGUUAUCCCUGCUUUGUACUGUGCUCUUGUUUAUUCCCAGUCAUUCUUUAAUAUGAAUUUUUGUCUUUCAGGAGCAGUGGCUCUAGGAAGAUGUCGUUGUAUAUUUUGUACAAUAAAUGAUUCUCUCACCACUGAAAUGCAGCCACCUCUGAGGUGGAAGCAGUUUAACAACACACAGCAGCAUCACACAAGAGUUUAGGACAGGCAGUGAAGAGGAGUAUUGUGUCCAAGUGAAACAUCAGGGGGAGUUCUAGGUAGGCAGAAUGUAAUUGCCCUAAGUGGAGUUUGGCCAGGAUGCUGGAAAUAAUG